AUGGUCAUUGUGGUGGAACUACACGCGCGCGUUGAGGACUGGAGCAGUAGGAGGAGGAACUUCAGGUCUCAUUUAUUGAACGUUUGUUCACAUUAGUGCGCACUCGAGUGCGCCACACACGCAGGGAGCGAGACACACACAGCAGAGCUCUCGAUCACAGCGCGCGCAGCCGGAUCGUUCCAAAUUUCAAAAUUCGAAUGUAACAGUAGCGGCGCGAUGCGACAUUAUAUCCGUCUGUCGGCGCUUUGAUCAACGCACUACCCGCAGGAUGGAGAGGAAACUUUGCUGAACUUACAGCUGAUUUUUCAUUUGCUUUGCUUCAGACAUGGAGAGCUGACAGCUGAACGUGUGCAAGCGGAAGUACGACGACAGACAGCCACAGGAGCCACUAGAUCUACACAUCGGGCGACGAUUUUAGGCCAUAGCAGCUGUCCUCAAUCAUGGCUGCUUACGGACAGACGCAGUACAGCCCCGCAUUACAGCCGGCCGGUCCAUACACACCGUACACACAUCACACACAGGGCUACAGCAUGACACCCUACAAUAUUAAAACAGAAGAUGGCCUGAGUCAUUCACCAGGACAGAGCAGUCUGCUGGGAUACACAUCCAACUUCAGCGGCACUCCACCCGCUCAGACGCUCUACAGUUACUCCACACACGGCGGCAGCAUUCCUUCUGGAAUUUUCCAGGGUGCAAACAGCAUCACAGGCUCAACGCCGUUCAGUCCUGCGCAGCAGGACUUCUCAACAUAUUCUAGCUACAGCCAAAGUCAAUAUUCCCCAUACUACAACACACACUACAACAGCCCGUACAUCACAACCAGCAAUAUCACACCCUCAGCCAUCACCACGGCGAUACCCUAUCAGCACACAGAUCAUCCUGCUGUAUCGACCAAUCACGCAUGUGUGUGUGUAACAGCAGAGUACCACGCUCCCACGAGUCCUCCGACUCCAGGAAAGGAGCAGGAAGUCGCUCCAGUGAGACGCAGCUCUGAUGGGAAGCUGAGAGGCAGGAAGAGGGCCAAUGACCCCGUCCCCCCUCUGGACUCUGACAUAGAGAGAGUGUUUAUCUGGGACCUGGAUGAGACCAUCAUUAUUUUCCACUCGCUCCUGACGGGGACAUUUUCCACACGCUUCGGCAAGGACUCUGGCAAGGCUGUGUCUCUGGGCUUGUGGAUGGAGGAGAUGAUCUUCAACUUGGCAGAUUCACGUCUGUUUUUCAACGACCUGGAGGAAUGUGACCAAGUUCACAUCGAUGAUGUGGCCUCGGAUGACAAUGGGCAGGACUUGAGCACGUAUAACUUUGGCACGGAUGGCUUCCAGAGCCCAGCAGGUGGAGGCACGCUCUGCCUGGCCUCCGGUGUUCACGGUGGGGUCGACUGGAUGAGGAAACUUGCCUUCCGCUACCGCCGAGUCAAAGAGAUCUACAACACCUACAAGAACAAUGUAGGAGGUUUGUUGGGCAGUCCGAAGCGGGAAGAGUGGCUUCAGCUGAGGCGGGAGAUGGAGGUUUUGACGGAUCUGUGGCUGACGCAGGCACUCAAAGCUCUCGCUCUCAUCAACUCCAGAACGAACUGUGUGAACGUGAUGGUCACCACCACGCAGCUGAUUCCAGCGCUCUCCAAAGUACUUCUCUAUGGGCUUGGAGGAGCUUUUCCCAUCGAGAACAUCUACAGUGCCACCAAAACAGGUAAAGAAAGCUGCUUUGAGCGCGUGACCCAGAGGUUCGGCCGCAGAGCCGUGUAUGUGGUUGUAGGGGAUGGAGUCGAGGAGGAGACGGUCGCCAAGAAGAAGAACAUGCCGUUCUGGAGAGUGACGUGCCGGGCGGAUCUGGAGGCGUUGAGUCACGCACUUGAGCUGGAUUACCUCUAGAGGGCAGCAUCUGUCCGUCUGCGGUCUCCCACCGUGUGCGGUCCACAGGAAUCACAUGACCCAGCCAAGAACUGCAGGACCAAUCAGCAGGGAGCAGCUAUCUUACUGGAAAUGUUUGCUUCAAAUCAAUCCAAGAAAAACGCUUUUGUCUCUUUCUCGCGCUCCACCUGAGAGGCUCAGCUCUUUCAUUCGCUCUCUUUUCUUCACAACAGCACUGCACUGAAAACAAAGACCCUUCAGCGACUGAUUCAGAAAGCCUGUGUUCGGAAUGACAUACUAUCACACUACAAUUUCUGCAGUAUAUACUGUGCACAGGGUGUGUAUUUUGUUUGUGCAGAAACCCAGAAGACAAUAGAGCACAACGCAUUGGUAUCCCAGAAUGCAAUGCACUUGACUUGACUUUUUACA